AAAAGCAGCUUUAUCUCACAAUUCAGGCUUGUCAGAAUUAUGAGAUAUAGAAUCGGAAUUCUGAGGGGAAAAGUCUGAAUUGUGAGAUUUAAAAUCAGAAUUGUGAAAUGGAAUCGGAAUUCUGAGGAAAAAUGUGAAUUCCAAGAUAUAGAAUGGAAAUUCUGAGGGUAAAAGUCUGAAUUGCGAGUUUUAAAAUCUUAGGAUUCUGAGGAAAAAAGUCAGAAUUGUGAGAUCGAAUCGGAAUUCUGAGGGAAAAACAUCUGAAUUCUGAGGAAAAACGUGAAUUCCGAGAUAUAGAAUCGGAAUUCUGAGGAAGGUCUGAAUUGUGAGAAAAAUUCCAAUUCUGAGGAAUAAACCUGAAUUGCGAGAUAUAAAAUUGGAAUUCUGAGAAAAAAGUCAGAAUUGUGGGAUGUAAAAUCGGAAUUAGAAGGAAAAAAGUUUGUGAGAAUUGUGAGAUUUAGAAUUGAAAAUUUUGAGGGGGAAAGUGAAUUGCGAGAUAAAAUCGGAAUUCUGAGGAAAAGUCUGAAUUUCGAGAUAUAAAAUCAGAAUUGUGAGAUACAUAAUUGGUAUUCUAAGGAAAAAGGCAUCAUUUCGAGAUAUUAAAUCUGAAUUCUAAAGGGGGAAAUGUCUGAAUUGAGGGAAAAAACAAGCUUUCAUAGUUUCCCCUCAUUACUAACAGCUCUUCAGAAAUGCUCCUACAUUGUUCGUCAUUUCAUCAUAACUCAUAGUUUCAGAGUGAAUCGGGACUGAACGCAGUGUUUUCGCUCAGAAUGAAUGUUCUGAUGUUACUCUGGAUUGUGUGGAAGUCUUGAGAGACGCCGGUGUCUCUGCAGGGCAUCUCUGGGUCAGUGUCGUGUUAAAGGUCACGGCGUUGUGAAACAAUAGUGAUUAGCCGUGUCGCUCCCUGGAGACGAGGAUUAGCAUUCAUUGUGUGACCUUUCCAGCUGGCGGGAGACGCAGGUCACAGCAGGUGAGACCAAACACACACACACUAAUAUUACCAUGUUUCAUUAGGGUAAAAUAACAUGUGCAGGAACAUUUAGAGGUAUUUCACUCUGCGGAUGGAAGCAAGUUAUUUUGUGUAGCUGAAUUAGGAUGUCUUGAUUAUUUCUUCUUCAUUUUAACCUGUGUGUGUGUGUGUGUGUGUGUGUGUGUCGGCUGAGGUCGGGCUCCUACAGUGUGUCAGAUGGCAUGUGGUGCGACCUUUAACACCUCCUCCUUCAGAUGGACAGAUUUCCAGAAGAUCCAUCUGUGAUACUCAAGGAGUCUCAGAUGACAUCAUGAGUUACCAUAGUGACGCGCCUCGCCCUCCAGUGCCGGGCGAGGAGGGCUGUGAGGGCGGGCGCUUCUCCAGUAAGACUCCGUCUGAUUGGUCAGAGUCUCCAGCGGUCACACCGCGCCGCUCCGACCUGGACCUGGGGUUCGAGCCCGAGGGCAGCGCUUCACGGGACGGCCCGUACGAGCCCUGGGCUGAGACGCUCCUCACGCUGCUGGACGACCGCGACGGCACGGCCCUGUUCCUGCACUUCCUGCGGACGCUGGGCUGCUCGGCGGUGCUGGAGUUCUGGUUCGCCUGCUGCGGCUUCCAGAAGGUUCCCGAGGGCGCGACCGGCCGGCGCCUCAAACUGGCCAAAGCCAUGUAUCGCUGCUACCUGUCCGAGCGCAGCGGCUGCGUUGUGUCCCGCAAGAUCACGGCCGAGACCAGGAGCGCCGUGCGAGACGCCAUUCAGCGGCUGCAGCUGGACUCCGGCCUGUUUGCGCAGGCGCAUGCGCAGGUGCAGGCCGUGUUACAGGACAGCCUGUUCCCGCUGUUUCUCAGGUCAGACGUGUAUCUGAAACACACUCAGACUGUCCAGUCACCACGAAACCACAAGACAACACUGCAAGGAUGCCAGGCCACGCCCUCAGAGGGGGUGGAGCCUGAGAAAGAGACCCUCCCUCCCCACAGUGCAGCCAAUCAGAAGCGUCCAGACGAUCGGCAGUGCAGACAGCACACGUGUCAUCGACACCUCAGAGCACGAGACGAGAGACACACACACCUGCCGCACACACCCGUGAAGAUGACGCCACACACCUUCGCAGCUGAACUGACCAGACGUUUGCAGGAGCUGCAGGGACACGCAGAAGAGGACACGGAUUCCAGCGCCACCUCGCUGAUGGCGGACAGUGACUGUGACAUCAUCAGCACAUGUGACGUUAAGUGUGUCACAGUGGUGUAUUAUUACAGCGGAGACGUGAUCCCGUACAGGACGUGUGUCCGGAGCGACCCCGCCGUGACCCUGGGACGCUUUAAAUCCCUGCUGACGCGCAGAGGGCCGUUCAGGUUUUACUUCAAGAGAGCGAGCGCGGAGUUCGACUGCGGCGCGGUUUAUGAGGAGAUCCGCCGGGAUGAGGCCGUCCUGCCCACGUUUGAGCAGAAAAUCAUCGCGAGAGUGGAGAGAAUGACUGAUGAAAUGAGCUGAACACAAGCUUUUCUCUGUACAGAGUCUGUUUAUUUUAUUUGAACAUGAGGUUGACAAAACCAUCAUUUAAUCAAGAGUUUAUUGUUUGCUGCUUUUGAAUAAACAGUCAUUCAUUGGA